AUGCCAAUGGCCUACGAAGCGUUAUGGCACGAAUACAUGCAGAUGCCCGUGGUGACACGGGCCUACACCACAGCUUGUGUCAUCACGACCCUCGCCGUGCAAUUAGACUUGGUAUCUCCAUUCCAACUCUAUUUCAAUCCUAUCCUUAUUGUGGAGCAGUAUCAGAUAUGGCGAUUAAUAACAACAUUUCUGUUCUUCGGAAAUGUUGGGUUCAACCUAUUAUUCAAUAUGAUCUUUACAUAUCGAUAUUGCCGUAUGCUGGAAGAAGGGUCCUUUCGCAGAAGAACAGCUGAUUUCGUGAUGAUGUUCAUUUUUGGUGGAAUAUGCAUGAUUACUUUUGCAUUUUUCGUCAAUUUGCUAUUCUUGGGACAUGCAUUCACGAUAAUGUUGGUGUAUGUAUGGUCACGACGAAAUCCUUUUGUCAGAAUGAACUUCUUCGGACUGUUGAACUUCCAAGCUCCAUAUCUACCGUGGGUGCUGUUAGGCUUUUCUGUAUUGCUUGGUAAUACGAUAUGGGUCGAUCUUGUAGGAAUGGCAGUAGGACAUACUUAUUAUUUCGCGGAGGAUGUAUUCCCUCGAUUAAGAGGCGGUUUCCGAAUUUUGAAAACUCCGCAAAUACUUAAGACUUUGUUUGACGCACAUCCCGAGGAUCCAGAUUAUAUGCCACCGCCGGAAGACCGGCCAGGCGGUUUCAAUUGGGGACAGGAAGCCAAUGUGCAAUGAUCGAAAAAAAUUCAGCAUUCUCUUUCUAGUGCUGGUUUUUAUGUCAAAUUGCUCGAGGACAUUGCAAAAGCGUCAUUGUUCCUUUGGAAUUACCAACAAUUUAGUGCCCGAAUUUGUACGCGAUGUAUAUAAUGAGAUACACGUAAAGAAUAAUACAGGGUGUAUAAGAUCGGGCGAUUUCAUUUUAUUAAAGAUCUUCCAAAAAAGUCUAAAGUUGAUAAUUUUUUACCAAAAAUUCGAUAGGAGUUAAUUAAAGAUUUCAUCACAAAAUUGCGAUUAGUAUACGGCAGUCUUUAAUAAUCGAAUUAAGAAAAAGUUUAUUUCAAAUUGCUUAAAAGAAAUUACACGCGAGAGAAAGCGCGCGUAUUUAUACACUCUGCAUAUAAACGAAAAUACUAGAGAUACGCACUUAAGCCUAUCAUUGAUUUUCUUAAAUUCCACAUUCUUAAAUGCACAUUUCUACAUAUUUCUCGAUAUUCAUUUUUACAUAUGGAAUCCAGUUUCCAGUUGAUGAUAUUAAUUCUUUCAAAACCAAGCGUUAUGCUUUUAGCACUCUAUUGCAGAAAUACAAUGGAUUAAAUUUAUUCAAGGUACAUACAAGGCGUUGCAAAUGUGUUUCAAUCGUAAAUUCUUCAAAUCUAAAGUGAGUUAAAUUGUUAAAAAAAAAAAAUCAGUAUCAAUAAUUUUAAUUAUUAGAUAAUGAAUCCAAACUGUUUAUAUACGACCCUAAAGAAUAGUGUAUAAUAGUUUAUUUCAUCCCAAACAUAUUGUAGCGAUUUUAGUGAUAACAAGUAUUAAAAUUUCCAUAGAUUUAUAUUGAAUUCAGAAUUCUCCAAUUCGAUAGACAUAGCAUAUGCAUGCGAGUGCGACUAAAAUUGGCAUUCCGAGGGUUAAGACCCGUUUAUCACGAAUGUGAACUUCCAAUCCUGCAUUGGAAGUUGUAUAAUUUUUCACUCGCGAGCUAAUUAGAUUUACUAUUAUUGAAAGCGUCACUUUUGUAAGAUAUCUGCGAUCGGUGGUAAUUUUGUGAUACACUUAACCGUGCUCAUAGUUCUUGCAAGUAUCGAUGGGAGAAAGAAAAAAAUGCCAUUGUGCAAGGAAGACUAUUUUAAAGUGUACUAAAGCAUUUAUUUAUAUUUAUUAUCGUAGCAAAGUGUAAUCUAGGCAACAUCUACAAAGUACAAAUCGUUAAAUAUAAACUAAAGAAUUAAUAU